AUGGCCUCCCUGUUCUCCGGUCGGGUUCUGAUCCGAAACAACAGUGACCAGGACGAACUGGAUACAGAGGCGGAGCUCAGCCGCAGGCUGGACAACCGACUGGUGCUGCUGUUCUUCGGCGCUGGGUCCUGCCCCCAGUGCCAGGCCUUUGCACCGAUUCUCCGGGACUUCUUCAUUCGGCUUACGGAUGAGUUCUACGUGCUGCGGGCAGCCCAGCUGGCCUUGGUGUACGUGUCUCAGGACGCCACCGAGGAGCAACAGGACCUGUUCCUCAAGGACAUGCCCAAGAAGUGGCUCUUCCUGCCCUUCGAGGAUGACCUGAGGAGGGACCUCGGCCGCCAGUUCUCGGUGGAGCGGCUGCCCGCCGUCGUGGUGCUCAAGCCGAGCGGGGACGUGCUCACGCGCGACGCGGCCGACGAGAUCCGGCGCCUGGGCCCCGCCUGCUUCGCCAACUGGCAGGAGGCGGCGGAGGUGCUGGACCGCAGCUUCCUGCAGCCCGAGGACCUGGACGACCCCGCGCCGCGCAGCCUCACCGAGCCGCUGCGCCGCCGCAAGUACCGCCUGGACGGGGCGGGGCGGGGCGCACACGGCCGGGCUGCAGGGGGCGACCCCGGGCCGGAGGGCGGGGCCGGGGAGCUGUUCUGA